AUGGGUUGCUGCUCGUCCGUGCCGUCGCAUGACGACGACCCUCAUCCACAUGAAGACAGUACCAUAACAGACGAUCGCACUACGCAAGCAACUCGUAUUGCCAGCACCUCCACCUCCACAACCACACAGACCAGCCGCCGCCGCGUGCGGCGCGCCCCUAAUCUCCCACUGAGCGAGCACUACAACGAACCCGUCCGCUUACACGUCUGGUAUAGCAAGCGGCGUACCUGGAACCGCACCGAUCUAGACCGUGAACGACGCGAGUUCUUCGAAACUCGAGUCACCGGCCGGCCCGAGGUAUGGGCCGCGCUAUCGACGGCGAUCACCCUCAUGCGUGGGGGUGAUCUAGCCACGGCGCAGAGCAUAGUUGAUGCGGCGGGCGUAACUAUUCCCACGGGCGAUCUUUGUGAGGGCUGCUAUGAUGAGCAGGGCGUGUUGUAUCGCCUGCCGCAGUGUAUCGUCAGUGAUCCGGAGAAUAUGGCUCAGACAACGUUGUCCUCUGCGAAUGAUAUUACUCGGGACGGUGGGGCGACGCAGGAGGAAGAGGAUACGGAGGCAUUGUCGGAUGGGAAACUAGCUACGGACGAUGCCUCGGGCGAUGAAUUGAUUAGGGAGGAUAUUGAGCGUCGCAGGGAUGAAAAGGGUAAAACUAGCGAGCGAGAUCUUAUUCGCGUCCAGGCCCGGUUGAGUGAUCGUGGUGGUCCCGAUUUGGUUCUAUCCAUAGGCAAGGGCCAGAGCGUUGGCUUUCUGGCCCGGAAGAUUCAGCAAGAGACCGGGAUUUCGAAUUAUCAACGGGUGCGCAUCGCCUAUCUGGGACGCAUGCUUAAAGAGCAUGAAUCUUUACUCGAUCAGGGUUGGCAGCAUGGUCAUGUUGUCAAUGCCCUAAUUGCUUCCCGGGGCUCUUUCUAA